CAAGUUCCAGAAGAAUCCUAUCUAUCAUGUUUGGGAAACUGCGCAGUGAAUGAAACAAAGCAAAGCUACCACAGUCGCGGAAUUUCACCCUCGUAGCCGAGUUAGCCUCCACUUUCUUCUUCUUCUUCCAAAACAACAAGAACAUGUUAGCCUCCACACUCCUAUCAGCAACACCCUCUACCCUCAACAAUUCGCAUUUCGUCCUUCGAAUCACUACCACAGUCGCUGAAUUUCACCCUCGUAGCAGAGUUUCAAUCUCUUCCAAAUCAAACUCCAAAUUCCCCCUCGUUGCCACGCUCUGUAUUAAUGGUCGCGGCGACGGUGGCGCCGUUGAUGCUAACUCACUUCCAGGCAUUGAUGCAGUAGAAAGUGAAUCUUCUGGGCGUAGUGAUGGUUAUGUGGCCUUGUUUGUUCGCAUGUUAGGCCUAGAUCAUGAUUUUCUUGACAGAGAACAAGCUAUAGUUGCUCUCUGGAAAUAUUCACUUGGUGGAAAGAAAUGUGUUGACAGUAUAAUGCAGUUUCCUGGCUGUAUUAAUCUUGUUGUGAACCUCCUUAGAUCAGAGUCUAGUUCAGCAUGUGAGGCAGCUGCAGGCCUUCUGCGAUCACUAUCUUCCGUCAAUCUAUAUAGGAAUUCUGUAGCGGAUAGUGGAGCAAUAGAAGAGAUAAGCAGAUUGCUCAGGCAAUCUUCCUUGGCUCCCGAGGUAAAGGAGCAGAGUUUGAGUACGCUGUGGAAUUUAUCUGUUGACGAGAAGCUCUGCAUUAAAAUUGCAGAGAGUGAUAUUCUGCUCUUAGCUAUUAAGUACCUUGAUGACGAAGACAUAAAAGUGAAGGAAGCUGCAGGGGGAAUUUUGGCAAAUUUAGCACUGAGCCGUGCCAACCACAACAUCAUGGUUGAAGCAGGUGUUAUACCAAAAUUGGCAAAGUUCUUAAUGCCUAACUCAGAAGGAUCUAAAGUCAUUAGAAAGGAAGCAAGAAAUGCAUUACUCGAACUUGUAAAGGACGAAUAUUAUAAAAUCCUUGUUAUUGAGGAAGGUUUGGUUCCUGUGCCGUUAGUAGGUGCUGCAGCAUAUAAGUCAUUCACGCCAGGUUUGCAUCUUUGGCCCACAUUACCAGAUGGUUCUGAAAUUGAAAGGACUUCUAGACAACCUUCCAGAUUUGGUGCAUCAGAUUUACUUCUAGGACUAAAUAUUGAUGAUAAGGAUCCUAACAUAGAGGAAGCAAAAAUCAAUGCAAUCGUCGGACGGACAAAACAACGAUUCCUUGCUCGUAUUGGGGCCAUAGAAAUGGAAGAAAAGACAAUACCUCAGACUGAGUGCUCAAAUGAUCAGCGGGUUACACUCUUACCCUGGGUGGAUGGUGUUGCUCGUUUAGUACUGAUACUAGAACUAGAAGAUAAGUCAGCAAUACUGCGGGCUGCAGAGUCAAUUGCUAAUGCAUGUAUCAAUGAACAUAUGCGUAUUGCAUUCAAGGAGGCUGGAGCAAUUAAGCAUUUAAUACGGCUUUUGACUUGUGAUGAUAAUACGGUCCAGCUGGCGGCAACACAAGCUUUGGAAAAGCUGUCUGCUAGCCAGGGUGUUUGCCGGGUAAUUGAAGCUGAGGGUGUUUUGGGUCCUUUAGUUAGUAUUUUGAAAUCCUCAGGAAUAGCUGGAACUAUUGUGGAAAAGUCUUUGGAUAUACUUGCUCGGAUAUUCGACCCUAGCAAAGAGAUGCAAUUGAAGUUUUAUGAUGGAUCAGUUAAUGGAUCUGUGAAGGCAUUUGAUGAAGCCAAAAAUGAUGGUGUUUCAACAGGAUUAAGUAGAACUGAGAAAGCCAUAUCAAAAACAAACACCAGAAAUGAUAUACUGGAUUCUGUUUUCAUCACACAACUUGUUGAAAUUCUUAAGUCAUCUCCACCCUAUUUACAAGAAAAGGCUGCAUCUGUGCUGGAAUUUGUGGCAUUGACUGACCCAACUCUGGCCACAAUUAUGUCUGUGGAUAUUGAAAAUGGUCUCAUUUCUGCUUUUCAGCAAAAAGUUUUGAAAAUUUCAGCGGACCAGGAAUCUGAUGUGGAGGAUCAUUUUGCAGAAGCACAUGGAGUUGAGUUUGAAGAGGCUGGUCUUGCAAUAUCAGCUGCAUCCCGGUUGCUGACAAGACUGCUUGAUUGUGAGCAGUUUUGCCAUAAAAUAAACUUGUCUUAUUUCAUUGGUUUGCUUCGUGAAAGCCUCAGGUCGAGUAUUCCCCUGCACUACAAAGAAGGGGUUGCUGCUUGCCUAGUUAAACUAAGUUCUCUCUCUGAUUACGACAUGGGCUCUAAUCCAAUCAAGGUGGAAGUUACACUUUAUGAGACAAUCCCAAGACUUGUAGAACAAAUCAAAACUUCAUUCUCCCCAGGAGCACAGGAAUCUGCUGUUGUAGAACUCAACAGAAUAAUAUCUGAAGGAGCGGUAGAUUCCGCUGAAGCUAUUAUUUCCGGUGGAGCAAUAUAUCCAUUGGUGAAGCUGAUGGAUGAAGGAAGUGAAAGAGUUGUUGAAGCAAGCUUGAAUAUACUGUAUAAUCUGAGCAUGGACAGAGAGAACCAUUCAGCACUAAUAGCUGCUGGAGCAGUCACAGCCGUAAAAAGAAUUGUUCAAUUGCACAAGCCACAGUGGGAACGAGCACUUCAAUUACUCAGGACAUUGCAAACAUGAUGAGUCUAAGUUAAAAAGUUUUAUUAUAUUGUAUCAUCUUUAAAUCUGUAAAAGAAAACAUUCACACUUUUUUAUAUAGAAAACUUAUUUUGAU